GGCUCCUCCUCCCAGUGCAUAUAAGGGGCGAUUGGCGCGCAACGACCUCAGCUGCAUCAUUAAAGCCUGAGCAGCUCAAGUCUGCAGACCCAACCCAACUCGACCGGAGUCAGCCUCACUGAGCCGGAUCUGAGAAUCUUCGCCCUCUCUGCUUGCCACAGCUUUCUGAACCUAGCCUCCUCUUCGCUUCCUACUAGAAUGCGGUGGCAGGCACUUCGAAGAUUCGGUCAAAAGCUGGUUCGGAGACGUGUGUUGGAGCUGGGCAUGGGCGAGACUCGCCUUGCCAGAUGCCUGAGCAUCCUCGACUUAGUAGCCCUGGGUGUGGGUAGCACCUUGGGUGCAGGUGUGUAUGUCCUGGCUGGUGAGGUGGCAAAAGAUAAAGCAGGACCAGCCAUUGUGAUUUGCUUUUUGGUGGCUGCUCUGUCGUCUGUGUUGGCUGGACUGUGUUAUGCUGAGUUUGGUGCCCGGGUCCCCGGCUCUGGUUCUGCAUAUCUCUACAGUUAUGUCACCGUAGGUGAACUCUGGGCCUUCACCACUGGCUGGAACCUCAUCCUCUCCUACGUCAUUGGUACUGCCAGUGUGGCCCGGGCCUGGAGCUCUGCUUUUGACAACCUGAUUGGAAACCACAUCUCUCAGAGUCUGAAAGGGACCAUCUCACUGAAUGUGCCUCAUGUCCUCUCAGAAUAUCCAGAUUUCUUUGCGCUGGCCCUUGUGCUGCUGCUCACUGGCUUGUUGGCUUUGGGGGCAAGUGAAUCUGCCCUGGUUACCAAAGUGUUCACAGGGGUGAACCUCUUGGUCCUUGGCUUUGUCAUCAUCUCUGGAUUCUUUAAGGGAGAUCUGAGAAACUGGAAGCUCACCAAAGAGGACUAUUGCUUGACCAUGAGUGGACCCAAUGACACUUGUAGCUUGGACUCUAUGGGCUCUGGAGGUUUCAUGCCUUUUGGCUUAGAAGGGAUUCUCCGUGGCGCUGCUACCUGUUUCUAUGCCUUCGUUGGUUUUGACUGUAUUGCAACCACCGGGGAAGAGGCUCAGAAUCCCCAGCGCUCCAUCCCCAUGGGUAUUGUAAUCUCGCUGUCCAUCUGCUUUUUGGCUUAUUUUGGUGUGUCCUCAGCACUUACCCUCAUGAUGCCUUACUACAAGCUUCAGCCUGAGAGCCCUCUACCUGAAGCAUUUCUCUACGCUGGCUGGGGCUCUGCCCGCUAUCUUGUGGCUGUUGGCUCCCUCUGUGCUCUUUCCACUAGCCUUUUGGGCUCUAUGUUUCCUAUGCCUCGGGUGAUCUAUGCAAUGGCAGAAGAUGGCCUCCUGUUCCGUGUCCUUGCUAGGGUUCACAGCAGAACACACACCCCCAUUGUGGCAACUGUGGUAUCUGGUGUUAUUGCAGCAUUCAUGGCAUUCCUCUUUGAACUCAGUGAUCUCGUGGACCUCAUGUCAAUCGGGACGCUGCUUGCUUACUCUCUGGUGUCCAUUUGUGUUCUCAUCCUCAGAUAUCAGCCUGACCAGGAAAUAAAGAAUGAUGAACAGGAAGUGGAAUUGCAGGAGGAGGAAACACUUGAAACAGAGAAGCUGACUCUUCAGGCUCUAUUUUGUCCAGUCAACUCCAUCCCCACCCUCCUUUCUGGCCGAAUUGUCUAUGUUUGCUCCUCACUGCUUGCUAUACUACUGACUGUUCUUUGUCUGGUGCUGACCCUGUGGACAAGUGCACUUUGUUCUGGAGACCCAGUAUGGGUCACAGUGGUGGUGCUGAUCCUGGGACCUAUUCUUGGAAUUGCUGGAAUUAUCUCGAGACAGUCACAGAACUCCACUCCCCUUCACUUUAAGGUGCCUCUUAUCCCUCUACUCCCAAUGCUGAGCAUCUUUGUGAAUAUUUACCUGAUGAUGCAAAUGACUUCUGGCACUUGGGCCCGAUUUGGGAUCUGGAUGCUGAUUGGAUUUGCUAUCUACUUCGGCUAUGGGAUGCAGCACAGUGUGGAAGAAGUUAAGAAUCAUCAACCCCUACCUAAAACAAGGGCCCAAACUGUAGACCUUGAUCUUACUGCUUCCGGUAUUCAUGCCAUUUGACCUAACCAUACCUGACUAUUGUCUG